AUGGCAGUGGUGUUGCGUUAUGUGAACAAAAAAGGGCAAGUAAUUGAAAGGUUUGUGGGUGUCCAAUAUGUCUCUGAUACGACUAGUAGCAAAUUGAAAGAGGCAAUUGAGCAGUUGAUUUCUUCAACAAAUUUGAGCAUGUCUAGGCUACGAGGACAGGGGUAUGAUGGCGCUAGUAAUAUGAGAGGUGAGCUCAAUGGUCUUAAAACACAGAUUUUGAGAGAAUAUCCUCAAGCAUAUUAUGUCCAUUGUUUUGCACAUCAACUACAACUAGUUCUUGUAGCCGUGGCAAAGGGAAAUGAAAACAUUGCUACUUUCUUCACAACGGCUAGUAGUGUCGUUAAUAUUAUUGGAGCAUCGUGUAGGCGUCGUGAUGCACUUAGAGAGCAACAACAAAAAGAUAUUAUGAAAGCUCUUGAAAUUAAUGAUCUUGAAACAGGGCAAGGGUUAAAUCAAGAGACUACUCUUAAACGUCCUUGUGAUACACGUUGGAACUCACAUUAUGAUACUUUACUUAGUAUUAAUACUAUGUUUCAUCCCGUGGUGAAGGUGCUUGAAUGGAUUGUUGAUGAUGUCAACCAAGAUAAUUUAGGUGAAGCAAAUAGAUUUAUACUGGGAGCCACAAAUGAUUUGUCAAAUGCAUUACAAAAGAAAGAUCAAGAUAUUGUGAAUGGGAUGAUGUUGGUCCAAAGAUGUAAGCAAAAGCUACAAUCCGUGAGGGAUGAUGACUUUGAUGAUUUGCUUGGCGAAGUAUCAAGAUUUUGUGGCAACAAUGAUAUUGACGUUCCUAACAUGGAUGAUUUAUUUGUACCACAAGGGAGAUCACGACGUAAAGCUUAG